AUGUUUCUUGAAAAUUCCAACGAGGAUAAAAAUAUAUUUGAAAUUCUCUCAAAUGCCCAGAUAAAUCCAACUGACCGUCAAAUUUAUCAUCUUCAUGAAGGAUGGCGAAAAAACAAAAAUGAACUUAUUCACAAUAAAUUGCGUUUAGAAGCAAAAUAUUUAAACAUAAAGCAAUAUCAAGAAACUGUUUACGGAGUUUGUUCGGAAAAAUACAACAAUUUAAUUUACAACGUAUGUACUGAGACGGCCACCUGUGAUUGCCCAAACGGCCAAGGGGGAAGAUUUUGUAAACAUCUCUGUGCUGUGGAACUUUACUCUUCUUUCUCUUUGUCGUCCGCUCCAUCACUGUCAGUUGAGGACCGAAAAGAGUUUGCACGAAUUGCAUUAGGUGAGGAAAUACCGACAGAAUUUUUUGAAGACAUGAUGGUGGCUCCUACCGACGAGUACCAAAAACAUGACACAUCUUCUGGGAUGGAGGUAAAUUAUUCACAUGAAUGGGAAUUGCAAGAAAAUUUGGAAAAUGUAGCUACUAGCAUUCAAGAUCUUUGUACCGAUGAACUUUCGCAGAAUAUUAAAAAUUUUUUAAAAGUAAUUGAAGAAAAUAAAUCAGUAGAAAUGAACAAUGCCGUUAAAAAAUUUAAUCAAAAAUUAAGUAAACUAACGACCCCCUCGGAUAUAAUAAGCUUUUUUCAUAAUAUUAAAAGCGUACAAAGACAAAGGACUAUAAGAGUACAACCCACCUCUAUAAGUCGGAGAAGAGUUUGA